UUGUGAGGGAGCGUCAGUUAGGGCACUACGGCCAUGUGGCGCGUUUCCCUGAGGGUGAUCCGGCUCACAGGAUCCUCAUUGCUGGGGACCCAAGUGGCUGGGCCAGGCCGAGGGGACGCCCAUGUAACACGUGGCUGCUGCAGAUAGAUGGCCAUCUCCGGAGGGUGGGACUGGGCCGCGUGUCGGCCUGGGAGGGGCUGCCAACUGGAAUCCCGAUGUGUUUCUUCGUCUGGUCGGUGCUCCCCAACCUGACCUGACCUGAUGUAUAAGCUCAAAAUUGGGGUGAAUAGUGUUUAUGCUGGUCACAUGUUCCAAAGCUAGUAAACUCAAAAGCAAAUGUCAGGUUACGUUCUACUUCUAUAACAUACAGACUGAAGGAUGUCUUGGCUAAUCAUGUUCUUACACUCACGACAAAUUUCUAUAAAAUAGUCAAAGGAAAAUCAGCUUUACUAAUAACUCCGUACAGGUUAAAUCUCCUUCGUACGAGUGACCUUCUAAUUCAGCUUGUCUUUUUAGAAAUAUUGUUUUUUCUCUGCCCUGUCAGGCAGAGAUCUAACCUCUCCCUCUCAUAAAAAACAAGCCCUGCACUUCCUAUAACCCUGAGUAAGACAAGUGGUUUAAAUAGAUGGAUGGAUGGAUGGAUGGAUGGAUGGAUGGACGUCUCUGUGCAUCUUCCUCCAGCCUACAUACAAGGGUUGGAUCAUCUGCUAAGUUCCCACCGUUACCAUUAGCAAAGUUUCGCACCCGUUGCCUUUCAGAAGCAGACCCAAGCCUCCCUUAAGUGUGGCAGUCCGUGAUAAGAUGGGGGAAGCUGUGGCGAACGUGGCCAGAAGAAUCAACGCCACCGUGGAAGAACAGAAAGACACACUGGAUCUUUCAAACUGCAAACUGAUUAGUUUUCCAGAGGGAGUCUUCAAAGUACUAAGGACUGUAAAUGACAAGAUUCUUGUCAUCACAUUAGCAAACAAUGAAUUGAAAGCUAUUAGUAGCAAGUUUUUCACCACCUUUACUCAGUUAAGAGAAUUGGAUUUAGAAGGUAAUGUUCUGAGCAAGCUCCCAGAUUCAGUGGGUGAGAUGCAGCACCUAACAAGCAUAAACCUGGCGAGAAACAAGUUUUCUUUGUUUCCCGAAAAACUGGCGGAAAUCCAAACCCUUGAGAAAAUCAGUUUGGAAGGAAAUGAAAUCACCGACGUGCCGGUCGGGAAGCUCUCCUCCAUGCCUGCACUCCAGAGCAUCAACAUGAAAUCCAACCCGCUGGACAAAGGCCUCUUUGCUGCUGUUCGACCGUCCCUUAAAUUUGAGCUGCUAACAACAGACGAUGAAUAAGAAGCAUGUUUGGUCUAAGCUGCAUUUGCAUGGGACAAGAACCACAAUCUUCAUUUUCAAGAUGCCUUAAGUGAUUUUUUUGAUGAGAUCUUAUUUAUUUUGCUACAGAGUGAAACAUGAAUGUUUAUUAUGCAUUUUAUAUUCUGAGUGUUGUUUAUCUUCCAUUGUGGACUUGUGAGAUCAAUGCCAUUAUGACAAUCUGAUGGAAAUGAAAUACUUUUGUUCUAACAAAGAGCAGUGAACUUAUCUAGGCAUAUGUCAGGUGGAAGUUUGCUGUAAAACCCAUCAAAAUGGGCUUUAGACCUUGAUGAACUCCAGAAAGGAACUUGCCUAGAGCAGGAUUAACCUUUGGCUUGGAUUGAAUCUCUGAAUCUAUAGUUGAACUUAAAUUGAUUCAUAACGCUGACUGUAAGUAUAUGCUGUCCAAGCUGUUCAAACAAAUGUCCUCCAUAAAGAAACACUCCAUCAGUUAUCACAAGAGAUAUUGCUAUUGUCCGAUAAACUGCAGGAGAAUGUUUUAGCCUUUGAAUUUGUAUUGGGUUUCAGCUUGGGGAAUAAUGCAACAUGUAGCACUGUGUUCAGGCCUGGACAGUUCUUUGUUUUUCAUGCCUUGAAUACAACUGAGAAUUCAAUUGCAUGUACUGUUUAUGGAGAUGACUGGAUUUUGCCUCAUAUAAAAAAAUGAAAAACGUUAAAACAUUUUCUUUGCACAA